GUUGGCUACAGGUGUGCUAUUUUAGUACACAAUGUAAACUUUAUGGUGGUUUGCAUGAUUUUCAGAACAAUAGAACAAUAUGCAUGGUGAAUGCCAUCAGAUGCUGAGCUGAAAUGGAUGAUUUUCUUAGGGAAUUCCAAUACUUGGAAUAAGUACAUUUUUCAUUGGGUGAAAGGACCUUUUCAGUGAGUAUGCCCAGUCAUACAUAUCUUACGUUCAUGAAUGCAAUUCAGAAAUCGUUUUUGUCUUCAUCAGUAUGAAAUAUUUGACUUAUUUUAUGCAAAUUAUACAGAAAAGGUAAAACUUGUUCAACGCCAAGAAGUAAAAACUGAAGAAUUUUUUCUACUGAUCAUUUUGGCUUAUUAAAUAGUAAUCAUGUUUAAAAUGCGAAGAAAUUGGCAGUAAAAGUUUAUUGUAACUUUCAGAUUGAAAGAUUGUCAAGGACGCACAAACAAAUGGAAUGACAGAAUUCUUCGCCAAAAUCAUGGUCGGCUCUCAACACUAGGAAUUCUAAUUGAGAGAAAGGCAUUUACAUUAAGAGGCAAUAGAUCUGUAUUUGAACAGGUCUUUUAUUUGAGGUGUGAUUACCAUAUCAAAACUUAAUGUCAUGCCAUACUUGUGUUUGGUAGUCUUUGGUUAUAAAAUAGUCAAAGCAAGAUAAUUGCUUAUCAGUAUAGAAUUUAAACAUAUAUACAGGUAGUCCUCAACGUACAACCUCAAUGGAGCCCAGAAUUUCUGUUGCUAAGUGAGAGUUAAGUGAAUUUUGCCCCAAUUUACGACCUUCCCACAUUUGUUAAGUGAAACACUGCAGUUGUUAAGUUAGUAACACAGUUGUUACGUGAAUCUGGCUAUCCCAUUAACUUCGCUUGUUAGAAGGUUGUCAGAAGGUUGCAAAAGGUGAUCACACGACCCUGAGACUCUGCAACUGCCACAAGAAGCCAAUACUAGAUUGCAGCUCUUUGUCUGACACACAGUCAAGAAAAGUUAUAAUACAAUUAGCAGUUAUCUUUGAGAUAUGUAACAUUCCUAACCAUUGCUACCCUGUGUUACAAUUAUUUCCUUUGGAAAUAUGUAUUUCAAAGAUCAAAGAACAUAAAUAUUAAUCGGCGGCUUCUCCUAUGAGACACAGUAUGUGAAAUAUAUUGCUCCAGCUCCAUGUUUUCAAAAGCUGGGAAGUAAUGAGUGUUUUUGCAGAUUGUGGUAAACUUGCUGUAGUCAAGCUUUUUAUUGGCUUGCCCAGAAUUCCAGAUAAAAAUUUUACAACUUGGAGAAACAAUAGUGAUUUGGUUUCACCAUGUUAUCUGUGUAGCUCUAAGAAGACAGCAAAUCCAAACUAGUUAUUUUCUUUGUCACAGCCCUCUUGUUAUGGUUAUAGACAACAGCAUAUUCACAUGCAAAUGUUUGCUUGGAAAAAUUACCUGUCCCAGUAGAGAUGUCUGUGGGUGAAAGGUACUUAUCAUAGAAUGGAUAAGUGGAAGAAACAGUAUUUCAUUGCCGUCUGGAAUUGUUGUCCAGCCAGUGUAAACAAUCUUUGGCAUUCUAAAGUAAUUGAAAUUACUCCAUAACUAAUUAGGAUACCUUUCCAUUAUAGAAUAAAUUUGGGAGUUAAGUAAAGAGAACCUAGAGUCUGAACAGAAUAAAAUUUUAACUCUGAAUGCUUCUUAUAUAUGAGAGAAUGUGUUCUAUUUUGGGGACAAUUGGUCUUAUGGUCUUAUUUGAUCUGAAUGGCAUGCAAUUACAUUGCUAUCAAAAUAUUUACAACCUUUUUUUUUGUUUUAGAAACGAGAUCAUAAAACAAAGGCCAAGAUUUUGAGGAAUCAAUUUUUGUUUGAUUUUUAGGAAGAACAUUAUAGUUAAUGUUCUAUUGAAGUAAGUAAACUUGGUAGAUGAUUCUCUGAUUUAGAUAAUAUUUAUUAAAGUUAAAUUACAGUAUGCAGUAUACUGUGAUGAAUAUUUUGAAGCUUGCUUUGACCUGGAUCUUUGAAAAACAUUUUUGAGAUUUGGCUAGAUGAACAAUAGUAACAAUACAUAGGAAUUACUAUAUCUAUGCAGUACUAAAACUAUCAGGUCCAUAAUCUUAAACCGGGAGAAGCGGUGCAUCAUAGGCCAAAACUUUCUCAACAAAGGUACCUCAAAUAGGCUGACGUAUAGAACAUCGGGAUUCAUUCUUCCUGAGGGAAUGAAAUGUGGGAAAGUUGUGGCUUCAGUGCUCUUAGGCUGCUGCAAUAACAUGAACAUUUUAAAUUUUCUGUGAUGUUUCCCAGCCACUCAAAAAUUUUCUUUUUUCCUCCCGUGCCCAACAGUAGUUGCUUACCUGUCUUCUGGGAAGGGAAGGAGGAAGAGGGAGGGAGGGAAUAUCGUGCACCUUCCUAUCCCACACUACCCCCCUGUCCCCUCCUUGAUCUGUGUGAUACCUCUUGAACACACACAUGGACCUUUCCUGACCUGCAUUACCCCUGUGUAUUCUCCCUGACCUGCAUGGCAUCUUCAGUGCACCCCUGCAUACCCUUUCUGAUCUGUAUGUCAUCUCUCACACACCCUUGACCUGUGCUGCCUGCCCCCCUGUGUGCCCUCCCUGAUGCAAGCUGCUCUCCCGUGUGCCAUCCUUGGCUCUUACAAAACCUCUUACACACUCUUGGGUACCCCUAGGCAACCUUCCUGACAUGUGCGGCCCAUCUGUGCACCCCCCCAACUUUCUACAAAGAAAUUCAAUGGGGAAGUUGGAAGUUACUCCUGCUACUUUUUUGCCUGUCUUUGGUCAUUUAGGUAAGGAAAUAUCUCUGAAAUGAUGAUUCAGUGGGGCAUGGGUUGUCUAGUAUAUUUUAAUGUAAAUUUUAUAUUACUGGUCAUGCAGUAUUGAGAAGAAUAUUGAAUUAGCAUUACACAUAAAUAUAAAUAAAAUAAAAACAUUAAAAAGCAGACAUAACAAUAGUAAUAAUUAGUUCUAUUGCAUCAUGCACAAAUUUCAGAUAGAUGUCAAGGUGAAUGAAAUUAUUUUGGCAUAGGUUUAGAUUGUAGAAGAGUCAGUGUAUACUUUAUUUUUAAAGCGAUGGUAUUCCAGAUCUAUAUAGGGAAAGGUUUUUUUCUGGUAUCCUGACCUCAAGCUGUUUAGGACUUUUUAUAACUAUUUUGGUUUCUAAGGUUUGUACCAGUUUCUUCAGUGGCAGUGAACUAAAAUCCUGUCCAGGAAAAUUAUUUAUUUAGCCAUUUUUCCCUUUAAUUAUCAGCUGAUUCCCUUUGAUUUCCUUCACAGCUGUUCAUGAAUAUUAAUAAUCCCAUAACAAAAUAACAUAUAGUAAUUUUUACAAAGUGAGAAAACACUGUUUAAGAAAAAACAGCAAUAUGAAGGAAAAUUUACAUAAGAGAACUUCUGGACCUUCAUCUAAAUCAAGGUAAUUCUUACUGUAAGCUAAUUGAACAAAGACCAGUUUUCAAUAAGGGAUAUAUAUUUGUGGUUUUCAGAAAGAGAAGCAUCCUAUGCUCUGCAUGGAAUCCUAGUUGGAUAUCAGUAAACUGUUUAGUCCGUGCCCUGGUACUGAUUUAGACUUCAAAGGCUCCCUGUCUCCCUUUAGGAGAGCUUAGUUUUAAAGCUGUACAUCAGAGAUAAACUUUUUGAAUGGGAUACCUGUAGAGAUGCUGAUACAAUUUCAAAAUUUUUGUCUUGAUACCUUUAUAAGAAAAACAGAAGCCUCUCCUAGUGUUGUUGGGUCACCAUCUCCAGCAUUUCUUUGAAGAAGGAUUUUUCUUUACUUUCAGACCAUCUGCCACCACACACUUUGAAGGGAGAUUUUGUAAACAUUUCAUUGGAACUGCCUCUGCCUGAUGGGGUCAGCCCUGUGGAGGACAUCAUUCUACUGCCCUAUCUAUGAUGAAAAGGGAAAUAUCAAUGAUAAACAAACAAGGGCUCAAUGUUAGAUGACUAUCUCUUACAAAUGCUACUCCAGCUGUUAGGAGUCAAAUUGUAACCUUUGCCAUGCUUUCUUUUAGACAUAGAAAGAAAUUGAAAAGCUCGCAUUGUUACUAUUUAUUCUAUCUUAAUUUUCUUAUAUGCUUUUUUCUUGGUUUCCUCCUUAUCUCUUAUUACUACUAAUUUCUUCACAAAUAUGGUUUUAUCAUGAUUAGGUUAGGUUACUAUAACUCAGAUUGUGUAAGGGUUUUCUUAAAAGCUUAUCUAGGAGCUUUUCUUGGUUUAGAAUAUGAGGUAAGCUGUUAACUGUGUCCAGGAACAUGACUAUACAUGUCCUCAUAAAAGACUGAUAUUGGUUACUGUUUGUGAUUUGCUCAGGUUCCAAAUAACAAGAAAGACAUGCAGAGUUAUUUCUAAACAGUUUCCAAAUUAAAGCAACUACAUCAUCAUUAAAGAUACACUCUGAGACUUCUAUAGAAGAGCUACCUUAACUCUCUUUGUCCCAACCAAACUAUCUAAACUUCGCUCUCUCUUGGUCCUCUGGAAUACAGUCAAUCCUUCCUGGGAAUCCAGAGUACAUUCCACCACAGUUCUUAUUUUACUUUAUUUUUUUUUAUUUUUGCUUGUCUUAAGAGAAAGAUGGGAUAUAAACAAUAAAUCCAUUUCUACUCAAAGUCAUAAAAACAAUAGAAAGGCUGUUAAAACAUGGUAUUUAUACAUAAAAUUAGGAAAAACGGUUAUAUGAAAACUACAUAACAUUUUAAAUAUGUAUUCUGUUUGGAGGAAGGGCAAAUAUAAAUUAGCUUCUACCAGUAUAAAGCUAGCAACUCAGAAUUUAAAAUGUCUGCACUGAUUCUUUAUAAUAUUUAAUCCUUCCUUACCUUGGAAUAUCCGGUUGCGCACAGGGGAACUCACUUUUAAAUACUGUUUGGUAUUUGAAAUGAAGCACUAUACUUUGUUUCAGGAAAGAAUACAAUAUACUCUUUGGUAUUCCAAGAAUGGAAUUACAUUUCUUUUUUUGUAAGUUAAUGCAGCAGUAAUUAUUUACAGUCUGUACAAUAAUUGUUUCACUUCUUUCAUGCCUGACAUAACCAGCUGUGAAGAAGAGUGCAAGGAACCAAAUCUUAAAGGUCAUUGAUUGAACCUAGGUCAAUGUUUAGCUUUGAGAAACAUGGAAGAUAUCCUUUUCCUUAGUGAAAACAUUAGUAGCUUUCUUUUCUUCACUUCCAACAGCUGUAGUCUUAGGACAUAAUCAUCUCAUCUGUAUCUUGAGAUGGAGCACCUUAGGGCUUAUUUAGCUGUUCUUAUGAAAAAAGUAUUUUUCUGAAUAAUGAACAUUGGAAUAUUUCAUAUUGCAAAUUAUAUGAAAGCAGAAACCAUGGAUUUAUGCUCAAGCUGUUCUGGGACAAAAUUAUACAACUGCACAAACAUAUGAUUCGGUCUCUAUGGCUAGGAAACAUUCCAAGAUAAUACAGUAAGCUUUCAAAUUCUGUUUCUGUCUGCAUUAUCUGGUUAUGAAUCAGAUUUCAGAAAAUUUUAAUAUGUAUAUAUCAAUAACAUGCAUUUAGAAAAUAUUACAAUGAAAAUAGGUUGAAGUCUGGACAUACUUAAUUCAAUAUAAUUCUUGUUUUAAAUCAGCUAGUUGCAAAGAAGCUUGCUAAGAUUUUCUGAGUUCUUAGAAUGUAAGAACAGAAAUUGUCAACAACUUUGAAAAAGUUGCAGUGAUAAUCUUUGGUGAACGAGAACACAAUUUUUCCAGACCAAUUACUACCAAGAAGACCCUGCCAAUUAUUUGUAUAGUUAAAAUAAAAAUCACUGUGACCUUUAAAUCUUGUUCUCUACCUGAACUAAUUAAAUGCUUACCAUACUUGAAAAUUGUGUAUGAAAGCUGGCAAAGGCUUUAAGCAUUUUAUCCAUGUUGUGAAAAUAUACAUAUCCUAUUGUUUUCUUUGUAUCAACUUGUAUUUUUGUAUCCAUUUUAUAUAUUUGAUAUGGUCAAAUGACUUAAUAAAAAAUUUAAAAAUUUAGAAAAUAUAGUGACAUUAGAAUUUGAUAAACUUUAGCUCAGAAUUGGAAUAAACCAAUGAAUUAUUUAUUAAACUUAUUCAUUAAAUUUGUAUGCUGUCCAGCAACUCUUAGGCCCCAAGUAAAAUUGAAUAAAUAGAACGAAGCUUUAUAUUAUUAAAUAUGUAAUUUGCAUAAAAAUAAAUAGGUUUAUGUGUAUACAUUAUCAUUGAGAAUGUUAGAAAUCUUCAUAUCUCUUCAUUUUUGUGGAGAAAACUUCUGUGGAAUUUCUCCUGUAAACAAUGAUAAUUACAAUAAAUCUGCAUGCUGAUAAACUUAUCUGAAGAUCACACUAUUUAAGAGACAGGACCUGGUGGGCAUCUUCUCUGUUAGAUUUGAAGCAAUGUGCAGAAACCUCCAGAGGAACAGACCUGCAAGUAGCCAGGUUCAUGUCAUGUAGGUCUUUCAGACUAAUAACCAGAAUCUUGAACUCUACCCAGAAAUAUGCUGUGAGCUCACACUGUAAUAGUGUUAUAUGGACAAACUUCAAAGCCUCCAAGAUUGUGCAAGACCACAUUCUGCGCUAGUUGAAGCUUCUGAGUAUUCUUCAAGGGCAACUCCCAGUGUUAAAUACCAGGUCAUCAAAGAGGUAUCAAAGAGAUCUAGAAGGGCAAGGCUGGAUGCAUCAUAUCUGCCUACAGGUCAUCCAUAAACAUAACCAGUGUUGGCAUUAUAACCCUGUCUGAAUCUUGUUUGGAAAAGAUCAAGAUCUGCUUCCUCCAGACCCUGGAAGCUAUGCACUACAGGUAGUCCUCGACAUAACAAUGUAUUUAGUGACUAUUUGAAGUUACAACGACACUGAAAAAGUGACUUACAAUCAUUUUUCACAUGACCAUUGCAGCAUCCCCAUGGUCACAUGAUCAAAAUUCAGAUGCUUGGUAACUGACUCAAAUUUAUGAGGGUUGCAGAGUCAGUCAUAUUAUCAUGUUAUCAUGUUGCGACCUUCUUAUAAAGUCGAUGGGGAAGCCAGAUUCAUUUAACAAUUAAGUUAGUGUUACUAACUUAACUUCUGCAAUGAUUCACUUAACAAUCGUGGCAAGAAAAGUCGUAAAAUGGGGCAAAAUUCACUUAACAAAUAUUUCACUUAGCAACAGAAAUUUUGGACUCAAUUGUUGUCACUUAUGUUCAGGUAUGACAAAUUCUUUAGGGGAAAUGGUUCCAAUCGCAGAAAAGAAGAAUAAUUUUUCUUUUUGUUACAAAUGAGAUUCUGUUCUACCUCUCAAGUUUUCAGCUCCUGGUUCAUUGGAAUUCACACCCACUCUUCCAUCACUGCCAGUUCCCCACGGUGUACUCCAUUUUGUCCUGGCCUCAUCUCGCACCUGCACCUUCUUCUCUUACUCUCCCACACAAAAACAAUCUCCUUUUUACAUAACCCCAUAUUCAAGUUUUGAAGCUGUUCUCCAGCAUAGGAGAUGGAGAAUCCACAAAUGGGUUUGCUUUGUCUUCCUGCCCAUUAGACUGUCAGUCAAACUUGCCACGCCUGUCCUGGACCAGGAGACACCCAGUCUUGACUUAGUCAGCCCAGACGGACAUGACAAGCUUGGCUCCCAACUUAGCUGCAGGUUGUAUAAAGACUACUCCAUUUGUGGAUUCUCCCUUGAUCUCCACAGUCAUCUCAGCAGCGCUGGGAUCAGCGCUGCUUCAGCUUGACUGCUGGAGGCGAGGGCUUCUUCCCAGACCUCGGUAAGAGCGGAGACUUCCAUUCUUCUACCCCCUCACACCGUUGCAACGCUGGGAUCAGCGCUACAGCCGGGAACCCCCUCCCCAAUGUCAUCGCAGAGGCGUCAGUGGCGCAAUGGGCCACCCAGUCAGGCCCAGAGGCCACUUGCACCCCCACAGCUGCCAGGCUCAGGAUAGCUGAGCUUCCAGGAGCUCUUUCCACUGAACACCUUCAGGCCCUAACCUCACUGGCAUUCGACCAGGCCUUUGCCGCCAGGUCUUAUCAUAUGUCUAGACCCGAGUUGGUUGCAUCCAUGCCCCCAUCAUAUCUUUUCCAGUCGGGAGCACCCGAGUACCAUGGUUCUCCCUCACCACCCCGAUCCUCUCAUAGUAGGGCCUCAUCUCCUGCAGAACACGACCAACCUGACAUUCCAUGGUCGAAGGAGGAAGACCCCACCCCCCACCAUUUGGGGGUCUCUUUAACCCGGCCCUCUUCUUACCACUGCUUUGCAAGGCUAGCAUUACCGCUAACAUAGGUCCUGAUUGGAUUCCUCAGCCAGGUCCAUCAACCAGUCCAGAUCCAAAUCCGGUGUUUUCUGAGCCUGUUGUGACUCAACACCAUGUCCCCUGUCCCCUUCUAUUCUUGAACGCUCUUUGGAAGCAAUGGGCUUCACCUGGCACCUUAUCUUCCCUGGGAGGAAUGGACAGGAGACUGUUCAGCGCAGCACCAGACUUGGCUGACGCUCUUGAGGUGCCAAUGGUGGAUGAACCCUUGACCCCUCUCUUGUCUUCAUCUACGGUGCUGGGGGAUAUGGCCGAGGCGUUGAAGGCUGAGGACAAGAGAUGGGAAUUGACCUUCCGCAGGACUCACCAGGCGGCAGCAUGGGCGGUAAGAGCGGUCACUUGCGCAUCUUUCUUUGCCAGGACCUCUCUCCUCUGGCUCCGUUAACUCCAAGCCAGCAUCCCUCAGGAGAAGGUACGCACGCACCAAGAACUGAGCAAAUUGGUUGCAGCAUCAGAAUAUGCCUCUAAUGCAUCACUGAUGCAGCCAGAUUUUCUUCCAGGACCAUGGACUCCAAUGUCACAGCACGACGACUACUGUGGCUCAAGCAUUGGCAGGCUGACGCCAAAUCCAAGUGGUGUUUGGCUACAGUCCCUUAUCAGGGUGGUCAGCUGUUUGGAGAGGCCCUAGCACCUUAUUUGACUGAGAAUAAGGAUAAGCGGAAAGUGAUGACCCACCUCAGCAGGUGGGCUGACAGGCGUUCUAAUCCAUACUCCCGCAGGCUGUCCUUUCGAUCAGGACAGGUUCGGAUUCCACACAGCCCCCCUGCUUCUUCACGGCCAGGCAGCAGUAUGAGGCAAGCAGCCCUUUUGGGGGGGGGGUCACCCUUUUAGAAGGUCCAAGUGACUUUUGGAAAGCGCCUCCCAUAGGUGGCAAACUAACACUUUUUGCCCACCAAUGGGAAGUCACCACCAUAGAUUCCUGGGUCCUCCAAACCAUCCGAUGCGGUCCCUAGAAUUUGUGUCCCACCCACCGGGGCACUUCAUUUCUUGUCCGCAAUCAAAGAACCCAAUCAAAAAGGGCCUCAUGCAAGAGGCCAUUCGACAUCUCUUGGAGAUAAGAGCCAUAGAACCGGUGCCGACUGGUCAACGGGAGGGGAUUCUAUUCCAUUCUCUUUGUUGGUUUCCAAGACCUCGGGAGGAUGGAGGGCGAUUCUCGACCUCAAAGGUCUGAACUCACAUAUUGCAUACAGGAAAUUCAAGAUGCAAACGCUCCAGUCCAUCUUGUGCAGUGUAGACCUCAUGGAAGCGUAUCUCCACAUCCCCAUCCUCCCCGACCACCGGCGGUUUCUCAGGUUCUGUUAUAUGGGCCAUCAUUUCCAGUACAAAGGCCUGCCGUUCGGCCUUUUGUCAGCUCCAAGGGUGUUUACCAAAAUCCUGGCAGUGCUUGCCGCACACUUGAGACUGGCACCGGUACGCAUUCAAUGCUAUCUGGAUGACAUUCUCAUCCAGUCGCCCUCCCUUUCGGCCACCCAGUUGGAUCUGGCAUUAUCAAGACCACGGGUUCUCGGUGAAUUUUCAAAAGAGCCAGACGGUUCCCUCGACCCGCCUCGUCCACCUAGGAGCGGUCAUAGACACAGACCAAUGCAAGGUCUACCUGUCUCAGGAACGUCAGGACAGCAUCCGAGCCCUGGUCCGCAAGGUCCGCAGAGAGCGCGUGGUGGCACUGGCAAUGCUUUCCCAGUUACUGGGAAAGAUGAUAUCCUGCAUCGCUAUUGUGCCUUGGGCCAGACUGCACUCCAGGAACUCCAAUGGUUCUUGCUCCCAUUUCAAAGGUUAGGCACCAGCUCGUCCAACCAAAGGCUAAGGGUUUCUGCCCAGACCCUAAAUUCCCUUCGAUGGUGGUCCUCCUCAGCAGUAGCCAGAGGGUCAUCCUUCAAAGAACCCAUUCGGCUCACCCUUACAACAGACACCAGUCUGUUUGGCUGGGGAGCACACCUUCAGUCGCAGUUGGCUCAGGGCCAGUGGUCCCAGUUAGACCUGAGGCACAACAUCAAUUGGUUGGAGCUCAGAGCCAUACACCUGGCUCUCCGCCACUUAUGCAAAAGGGUUGCGAGGCAACACAUGCUAGUCCUCACAGACAACAUGGCAAAGGCCCACAUGAACCGGCAAGGAGGUACCUGGUCCAGGUCCCUCAUGGCCGAGGCCCAGUUGUUGGGCUCCUAGGCAGAGACCAACCUUUCUUCCGUCAGAGCCGAACACAUCUCAGGGAACGCAAAUCGAUAGGUGGGCUUUUUAAGCAGGGCGAUGUGGAUCAUUCUGAAUGGCGCCUGCACCCAGACCUCUUCGCAGAGAUAUCGGAGAGGUUUGACCGACCGGUUCUAGACUUGUUCGCUUCUCCAGCAAACUCCCAACUCCCGAGAUUCUUCUCCCAGUUCCCAUCUCCGGGGGCGGAGAGAGCGGAUGCUCUCCGGAGCCCAUGGGGCCAUGGGGCCUACUUUACACAUUUCCUCCUCUCCUUCUGAUCCCGGCAGCUACCCGCAAGAUACUGCAAGAGCGGGCGAAGGUGAUAUUCGUGGCCCCACACUGGCCGCAGAGGCCGUGGUUUGCUGACCUCGUGAAUCUCUCCAGUUCUCCGCCAUGGAGGAUUCCCUCAAGUCGCAUCAAACUCAGCCAGGGAGUUCUGCAACAUCCAGAACCCCAGUGGCUUCAGUUAACCGCCUGGCACGUGAACGCUGGAUCCUGUCUCGGGAAUCCUAUUCACCAGGCAUCAUUUCCAUGAUUCAGGCCUCCUGCCGGCUGGCGACGAAUCGCAUCUAUGAUUCCACAUGGAAGAAUUUCUUCCAUUGGUGCGAAAGACACCACCUGGCUAUCUCGGAUUUGACUAUUCCAAGUAUCUUGGACUAUUUACUGGAGGGCCUCGAUAGGGGCUUGGCACCUAAUACCAUACAUAGACAGGUGGAGGCUCUAUCCACUCUACUUACCUGUGACAACUCGGCACUGUUGGCUCAACAUCCGUUGAUACGCUCCUUUAUUAAGGGCUCUACCAACACCAAGCCCCCCAUGGUUCAUAGGUAUCCCUCUUGGGAGUUGCCGUGGGUUCUACAGGCCCUCACCAAGCCACCCUUUGAGCCUAUCAGAACCUGUGCCCUGCGGUUCUUGUUCCUCACGGUCACCUUCCUAGUAACGGUCAUAUCAGCCAGGCGGAUUUCUGAGCUGGCAGCGCUUUCUUUUAGGGAUGACCUAUGCAUUUUUCAUCGGGACUGGGUGGUCCUUCGUUUGGACCCUACCUUUAGGGUCUGCAAUAUAAUAAUUUAAGUCUGAUUAUGUGUUUUUCAAGUGAGUAUUCUGGAUUGUUCUAUCCACCUGUUGGGGAUUUUCUUUUUUGGCUAUCUAUAGUAUUCUCAAGAGUCUUCUCCAGCACCAGCAUUUAAAAGUAUCAAUAUUCUUUCUAUCCUGCUACUUCAGGGUCCACCCUUCUCAUUAGGUGGCCCAAGUACUUGA